AUGGGCAAUGAACAAUCCGCCGAAACCCCUCGCGGGCCUCGGAAACUAUCCAAGCCACCUCACUGCAGCCAAACAUCAGCAACUGGUUUGCCAUACGAUGCUACUGCUGUGACACCCCAUCGCGAGCACUUCUCCAACUCGUAUAUUGUUGGCUCGCUGCCCCCUCCUCCCAAUAAGGCCUCCUCCACGAGGAGAGUGGCGCCAGGGCUCGGUAUAGCCGUCCAAGCCGGUGAACCUGCCAAUCCUAUGCCAUCUCCUACAUGUAGAGACUCCCGGCUCGAUCCUAUCCCACGGACCCGCUCUGUCCAGUCAGAGCAGUCCCCUAGACUGCCAAACUUCAUCAACAGCUCUAGGACCAGCUCUAUCGCUCAGGAUAGCGGUUACCGUGCGCUCACGCGUGCUGAUAGCAUGCCCGUUGCAGUGCGUCGUGGCUCCACCAGCUGGGAUACGAGAGCUGCUGAUACUAAACAGCUUCUCAAUGCCAAAGAGAAGCUCCCAAGCGAGCCCAUCAUCUCCAAGUCCACGCUCUAUUCUGAUAAGGCUUGCCAUGAUGUGACGGAUGACCCCAGCAACGCCAAUCAAUCUGCGGGCUCGUCCAUUAGCAGAACAAACUCAGACGUGUCUAUUUACAUGCCAAUGCGCCGGCGCUCUGUUGUUCAGACACCAGGAAUAGCGACCAGAGCUCACCAUUCCAAGCCCCCAGUCUCAGUCAAGUCGAACUUCCGCAAGAGUCUCCCACCGACUCCCAGCCAGUCCAGGCGCAAUUCGAUCGAGUCUGGUCUGCCAAGGCGUAUGUCAAUGCCCACAACGAUCCCAUCUCAAGUGCAGUCUUCGGACCGAGCCGUUACUCCAGUCGAAGCCGACUACAAGCAGUUAGGUGGUAUGAAGUUUGGAUCUUUACGCAUCACAAACGGGGCUCCAGGGACUUCUCCAGUGCCCGAAAAUGACGUCAAAUGUCAAGGGGUCUCUGAGUCGUCAUUGGUUAUCCCUCGUGAGGAUUACUUUGAUGAGCACGCCAGCAAUUCUCUGAGCCUGAUUUUGGUCAGCGGAGUGUCGAACACGGCAGAGGCUAGAGAACCUAUGACAGCCGGAAGACCAGUCGCUACUCAAAUUCCAAGCUUCGUUGCUGAGCAUUCAAACGUUGGGGACAAAUCUAGAACAGGCGAUUGCCAAAUGUCUGAGAACGGGAAUGCUGUCUCAUUUCCGGUUGCUGAGGUUCUUCACAUAAGGGAAGACCCAAAUGCAAAGCCCGAUCCCAGGAAAAUGGUACUGGGACUUGAAAACAAAACUCUCAAAGGUUUAUCAAGAUCUGAAAGUGGCUUCAUCCCGAGCCCUUCGCCUGACAACACUCAACGGACCGCAUCCCGAGUUGACAGCGGUUACGGUUCCAAUGUCUCCCUCCGCUCACUACCUAGCCUGAGAUCCGGCGUCGCCGACAAGAACACAAUGGCAUCCGAAAAGCUUGACAUCGACAUGUCGGGCAUGUGCUCGCCCUCGGAUUCGAAUUCGACUCGCACCUCUUCCCUAGUCCCCUCCCAAACACGUCACCGACUGCCCAUUCACCUCGAGGUCCCUUUGUCGUCCACAGAUGACGAUACAUCAACCUGCCCAACAAGCCCGUCAAGUCCUACUAGCCGGCCCUUUUCUCCGUUUGCCCGUGGUGGCCGCAUGCGCCUAUCUUUGAAAUCCACCAGAAGUUUCGAGCCACGAGUGUCAAGCAGUACGACACCACCUAUCGUUUCCAGUGGAGAUGUUGGGGAAGAGCUGUCUGUUGAACCUCCAGACACCAAUCGCGGUGGGAGCAAAAUCUACCGGUUCUUAAAUAGCUCCCGCAAGAAAGGGUCUAUAAAGAGAGGAGGGGUACACACGGUCGAGCAGGAUGUGCCUGUCAAUUCCCUGGGACUCAGAGGUGACUCGCCGCCUGAGUCUCGCCGAGCCUCAUUCCGAAACAAGCCUAGCAAGGACACUCUGCACACUAUCUUGAGUGUUGAGAGCCAAGAUGUGGUUGGGAAUGCAAGACUGGGGAAGGAAGAAUGGAAGCGAAACGUUGAGGCCACGACCAAGAAAGUGUCUCGGCGUUUGUCAUGGCGUCAAUCUAUUGCUCAGAUGUUCGGCUCUCGAAGCGCAGACGCCAGUCCUUCCCUGAGCUCUAUCCCAGAGCCCGACCAGAGGCGUCCAUCAACCGCUCUGGAGCUUUCGUCGGCUCCUUUCAACGGAGCCCCCAGUUCCAGAGUUGUGAGUUCAUGGUCAUCACGGCCGGUGCCAAGAAAGGCCGCUAGUAGCUCUGGCAGUUUGGCCUCGCCUACCCAGAAAGCCGUGGCCAACAAGCCCAGUCCGGGAGAGAAGCGUGACAAACCCGAACUGGCCCAUCUACGCACCAAUGUUUCGGCACCCAACCUGGCAGCAAGCCGUAGAUUGCCGCUUAGUCCAUCCCAACCUGAGAUGGAUCACGCGUUACGAACAAAAACCUCCCCUCCGGUGAGCAUGCAGACUCGAAGCGCCAAGCCAAAUCGUGGGAAACCGCAAGGACACAACCGAUCCAUAACGCCUUCUUUCCCUAUCAACUCUCGACCAAACACCGGUCGACGACUUUCUUUGCCACAAAAUUAUGGUCGAGUGACGCCUCAAAGUCGACAGGUCUCGCAUGGCCGCACCGAGUCUCGCAGCUCGAACCGAGGUAUGGCUAUGAGUCCUGCUCCUGGUAUGGGGCACCAGCAAGCAUACAAUACUCAGCAGGCUAGGGUCAUGACCUACUCGAGCAAUGGUAUGCAGCAAAAUGUCCCGGCUGCUGCCCCAGUGAGGCACCACCGUCGAGUGUCUGCGCCAGCACAGCCACUUCAAAACCACAACAUGCCGCGUUCAAGAAGCAGCACUACUUUGAUACAGCUACAGCAACAAUACGUUAACCAACAACAACAUCAGCAGCAGCAGCAGUUUCUUCAGCAACAGCACCGACCCCAGUCGUCGCUUCAACCAUUGGCACCAAUAGACAUGUACAACCUCAGUCACCAAUUGCAGCAGAACUACAUAAUGCAGAACCAAGCGCUGGUCUAUGGGACGCCAAACAUGAUUCAGCAGUAUCCCAACAUUUAUGUCACCGGACCGAUCUCUAAUCAAACUACACACAUGAGACGAAGUUCCCAGGGUGGAAUGGUGGUGCAAGAUGUUCCUUUUCGAGUUCUUCACAGCUACAACUCACCAGCAUACCGAAACGCCCCCAUUUGGAGUCAAUAG